AUGGUUAGUACGUAUCAGCCUGCAAAUUCAACAGCACCACGCAUCAAACUCGCGUCGAUGCCACAAUUGGCCGAGGCGAUAAUUAGAGAAGACGACUGGACUGGGACCAAGGAUGCUGCAGCACGCAGACGGAUACAGACUAGACUCAACACAAGGGCAUACACCGAAGCAUCCAGCGCCGCAACCGGGACUCGGAUCAAAUCAGAAGCGCUAGUGGAAUGCUGGGACAUUGAGCAGGAAUCCGUCUCUAUCGUCGCAGCAAAUCGUAUCAAGCAACUAUACAAUGCGAGAAACCCCUUGCUACUAGGUAAAUCUAGGAAAGAGCAGUUUAACAUUGUCUUCCCCCUCUGUCCAGACCACCUUAUCACUCUACUCCAAUUUAACGCCCUCCGCGCCCUGGUUGUCAACCGCACUCUAAUCUCGGGUAUUCUCGUCACGCCGCUCGACUGUGAUGAGGAAGUUAUCCACAUCAUCCCCUACCCUACCAAGCCCGAAAUACUCCCGUCAACACUUCUGCCCACCACACUUCAACAAACGGUGCCGCACGGUGACUGGAUCGACCUAUUUCCGUAUCCCGAGGGGCGAGACCGUCUGAUCCAGGCCGCCGGCACCUUCGACGAGGACGAGCUGUGGGCUGACUGCAUCGGCGGGCUGUACGAGGGCUUUCCCGACGACGAGGUUGAGCGACGCGGUAUCAUUGCGUGGUCGCCACCCUGGGACAUCUCAGGGUGGGAGAUGUCGGAAGGGUUUCUAAGGAAAUGGGGGUGGUUGUUUAAAGGGCUAUCGGGGGCGUUAGUAGCGACGAAUCGGUGGCGGAUGGAGAGGGGCGAGGAGCCACUUGUUCAUGAUGACUACACGUCAUAUGCAACUGUAUGA